AUGGUUGAUACCGGACAAGGAAACCGCGAACUGGCUCACGAGAGGACAGAGAAGGUAGAGGACGGGAGGCAUUAUUCUAGUCAACCGUUGGAAGAGGAUCCAUUCCAGGUAUUCCUGGAAGAACAUGAACGUCCCGUAAACCUGCCGGUGUGGAGGAAGUGGGCGAUUGUGGUGGUGAUAUGCACAGCUGCUCUUUGUGUUGCCAGUGCGUCUUCUAUGGCGAGCUUUACAGAGGAUGGUGUAUCUUCUACCUUCCACGUUUCGCGUGAAGUCUCUAUCUUAUCCAUCAGUCUCUUCAUUGAAGGCCUCGGACUCGGUCCGUUGGUAUUCGGGCCAUUGUCAGAGGUUUAUGGUCGAAAUUUGGUAUACAGGGUGUCGUAUGUACUCACAUUCGCAUUUACAUUCCCGGUAGCGUUUGCGCCCAAUAUCGCCAUAUAUUUGAUAUUUAGGUUCAUAGGAGGUUUCUGCGGAUCUGCUUUCUUGAGCGUGGCGGGUGGGAGUGUCAGUGACCUCUUUGACGAUAAAACAGUGGCCACCCCCAUGGCCUUUUAUACUAUGUUUCCUUUUAUUGGUCCUGUAUUGGGGCCGUUGCUCAGUGGUUUUAUAAAUCAGGUACAAGUCGGGCUCGUUUGA